AUGGGCUCUCACUGGGCCACCUCACUGCUGCUCAUGGCAGCCUGGAGCAUGGGCUGUGGUGAGGCCUUCAGGUGCUACACCUGCCUACAGCCCACGCCCAUUCACUCGUGCAAGAACAUCACCCAGUGCAAGCAGGAAGACACGGCCUGCAAGACCACCCUGGAGACCGUGGAGUCGGAGUACCCCUUCGACCAGAGCCCCAUGGUGACGCGCUCCUGCUCCACAUCCUGCCUGGCCACAGACCCCGACAGCAUCGGGCUGGCGCACCCCGUCUUCUGCUGCUUCCGUGACCUCUGCAACGCCGUGGGCGUGAGCAGGCCGGGUCCUGGGGCUCUGGCCCUGCUGGGAGCCUCGCUCCUCAGCCGCCUCCUCCUCUGA